UAAUCUUUUUGUUAUGAUCGAAUUGCAGAUGUCUUAACCUUGUUAUUGUUCUGUUUUUGUAUAAAUGGAAUAACUUUUCCAUUCUGAUCCAAUAUCGCGAACGAGCAUCAUUUGAUCCAAUUGAUUCUCUAUUUUUCGUCCAUUGUAAGAUAUUAGAAUGCGAUAGGAAUGUGUUGAAAAACAAGAAAUUUGGGGAAGUUUCAAAACGUUCUGUUAUUUCAAGGUUUUCUGAUCAUAAUGGCAUGUGCAUCGGCUAUUUUUGAGAUCGGACAUGUGCCACAUUAGCUGCUUAGAGUCUUGAAUGAAUCCGUCGGUAUCUUUUUAUGUCUCUUGCGAGUUCAAUAGCGGUAAAGGCUACAAAUGACGAUCCUUUGCGCGGCAUCCCAGAGCUACUCUGUAUGAUUGCAUCUGGAUUUCGUUAUGCCCAUGGAUUUGAGCUUCUAGCUGAUGGAAUUCGCGAUUAAUCUUUACCCCUAUAGCUCAUGAAAUGGCUCUUCUUUGUUUCCAUGUUAUUUCUGUUUUUGUUUUGUUGUUCCCUGAUAUAUAUAUUUUUAAUAUUUUGGUUUAAGAUCGGUGCUUGUCUGCAACAAUCGAUAAAAAAUGGCAGACGCUGAGGAUAUUCAGCCUCUUGUUUGUGACAAUGGAACGGGAAUGGUCAAGGCUGGGUUUGCUGGAGAUGAUGCUCCAAGGGCUGUAUUCCCUAGCAUUGUGGGUCGCCCUCGCCACACGGGUGUGAUGGUUGGUAUGGGACAGAAGGAUGCGUAUGUCGGGGACGAAGCUCAGUCAAAGAGAGGUAUUCUGACUCUGAAAUACCCUAUCGAGCAUGGCAUUGUCAGCAACUGGGACGAUAUGGAAAAGAUUUGGCAUCACACUUUCUAUAAUGAGCUCCGUGUGGCCCCGGAAGAGCAUCCUGUUCUCCUGACAGAAGCACCUCUCAACCCCAAGGCUAAUCGUGAGAAAAUGACUCAGAUUAUGUUCGAGACCUUUAACACUCCAGCCAUGUACGUCGCUAUCCAGGCGGUCCUUUCCCUUUACGCUAGUGGCCGCACAACUGGUAUUGUUCUGGACUCCGGAGACGGUGUUAGUCAUACGGUUCCCAUCUAUGAAGGCUAUGCCCUCCCACAUGCAAUCUUGCGUUUGGAUCUUGCAGGGCGUGAUCUCACUGAUGCCUUGAUGAAAAUCUUGACUGAGCGUGGAUACUCUUUCACCACUAGUGCUGAGCGUGAAAUUGUGAGAGACGUGAAGGAAAAAUUAGCCUAUAUUGCGCUUGAUUAUGAACUAGAGCUGGAAACAUCAAAGACCAGCUCAGCUGUCGAGAAGAGCUAUGAGCUCCCUGAUGGGCAGGUGAUCACGAUAGGCGCUGAAAGAUUCCGCUGCCCUGAAGUGCUCUUCCAACCAUCCAUGAUUGGGAUGGAAGCCGCUGGCAUACACGAAACAACAUAUAACUCGAUCAUGAAGUGUGACGUUGACAUUAGGAAGGAUCUCUACGGUAACAUUGUCUUGAGUGGUGGUUCCACAAUGUUCCCAGGCAUUGCUGAUAGAAUGAGUAAGGAGAUCACAGCUUUAGCGCCUAGUAGCAUGAAAAUCAAGGUGGUUGCACCACCGGAGCGGAAGUAUAGCGUUUGGAUUGGAGGCUCGAUUUUGGCAUCUCUCAGCACCUUCCAACAGAUGUGGAUUGCGAAGGCUGAGUACGAUGAAUCCGGGCCAUCAAUUGUUCACAGGAAAUGCUUUUAAUUAUGGAAAGCAAAAAGUGGAUCCGAAAUUCACAAAGUAGAUUUUGUACGACAGAAGUAGCACCCACUGGUUGCGGAAGUUUCAUUCCUAUCUUGAACUUUUUCCUUUUUAUCAUGUUUCUUUCUGUGUUUUUGCCCCUCGUAUGACGGGAUAAGAGCAUGAAAAACAGGCAAGAUAUGUAAGAUUUUGUUGUUUUGUUUCUCCUGGCAUGACCCAUCUUUUUUUGGUAGAAGAGCCGUGCAUGGUUACCGAUU